UCGCACCAUAUUUUUAAGUGAUAUUCAAUUGUUUGUGUUUGUGUUCAGAUGUUUGGCAUCCCCCUGUUCAUCCAAAUUACAUGUUUUCCAAAUUUUUGUCAUGAAAUAAAAGGGAAAAUAGAAACCUCAAAACAAUCGAGAAACAGUUUUAGACAAUAGAAACAGCUGAAAAUCAAAUUUCUUCAAAAUGCCGAACCAGAAAGAUGAUGUGGAAUGUCCACUUAUGGAGGUGGAUUGGAGUCAGGUCACUCCCUACGAUGUGAUGCGGAAUCACAACUGUAAAACCGCCAGGUUUCUGAAUAAGGAAACAUAUCCCAGCAUAAGGCCCCCGGUAUCCGUGUGUAGUAAUGCCCAGACAAUGGAAUGGUUAGCCGAUGCAGUUGAAGAGAAUGGAUGUGCUAGACCUUUUGGUACUGAACAGAAUGAUGAUAUUUUGGAGGUGUGGAAACAAAGUCCCAACAAACACACGCUGGCUUUCUACGGCAUUGUCUCCGAGAUUCCAAAUCCAGAGGCCAUCAAAUUUAAUGAGGUUGUUACCGAUUGCCUGAAUAAAGUAAAUGGUAUUGAGAAAGACAAGAAGCAAAAGUCCUCGAAAAGAGAGGAACGACGAAAGAAGGCUAUAAAACCAAAGGGUCCCUUUGUCCUCAACCGCUAUGAACUGAUGUCGAAGCUUAAUAACAUGCCCACAAUACAAAGGAAGCUCAAUUCGAAAAAUGCACUUUCUUGGCUAACCUGUCCAGAUCCCGAAGAUCCCGAGUUUCCCUUCAUAGAUGAUGGCAUAAGGGCUCCAUCCCUGAAAGCUGUCCUCGGCAUGGAAAAACCUCGAAGGCCAAUAAAACAUGGAAUCCGACGAAAAAAUUAUCACUGCGAAUUGCAAUGUGGAAUUCCGGGAAAUAAAUGCACCGAGUACGAAUGGAUGAAAUACAAACAAGAUCCUUUGCCCUAUGAAGUGGCUUUCGAGAUUGAAAUGAGUCAGUUGCAAGGUCAACCGGAUCCCGAGCCAAGAAAUUACGAUGAGCUUUACUCGCAUCUUGUCGGUUGUUUCAAGAAAACUUUGGACAAGUCCCCCAAUUGCAAGACCUACAAAAAGUGUUGCAGAUUGCCCUGGGAGCGUCGGGUUAUACAGGGUUGUGCGGAAUUUGACCCGAACAACGAGAAUCGAGACGGAUAAAUCAAUAGAGUGAUGUGCAAAUAUUACGUAUACGAACCUUUGGCUUUUUGGCAUAUUGUCCGGUGCGCACGUCGCGUAUUGUGGCAAUGUCUAGUAUGUCCAACUCAUUGUUCUGAUCGACCCAACAGAGGAAGAAUCCCUUGGCAUCCACACGCAUCGUAACCGGCGUACCGCUGCCCGAGUCCUGAAAAUGGCCAAAAAAAAUAUAUAUAUAAAAAUGGCAAAGAUAUUGAUGAGUGGAAAAAAAAGCAGUCAAAAGUCGAAAACAAUAACUGUGUGUGAGGUUUUCUUUUUUUUUAUUAUUAUUUCAAUUGAUUCAAUUUAUCAAUAAAUUACGUUUUUUUUCUUCGGCCAGCA